AUGGCUGUGGCACCGUUACUACCUACAGUACCUAACUAUUACUGCUACCACGAAUGCAGUACAAAACGAUAUAUAACGCAAAUGGUGCCGGAAAGGAUUUCAUGUCCGCAUCCACCCCCAGCAGAGUCGGUGGGUGAGGUUGUAAAGUCACCGCGGGCUUGCAUGAUUCCGACUCCCCUUCUUUCUGCUGUCAUCUGCUCAAUACCUACGGCAAUGUUCUUGACAUGCAGUGCUCGUCUUGGAGCAAAGCAAAUUCUGUGGCUAUGGGGACUCAGUGUACAUGAUCUGAUUUCAGCAAGGGAGGCGAAAGCCAAAACGACCCAAAUGGUUAUUGUACUGAUACAGAUACCUAGCCCUCUGCCACAUCAUUGUGGUGUAUGGUAUGGAAUCCACGCACUGGCGGAGAGGCGCUUGGUUGAUACAGCACAGGAUGCUUCAAUGGAAAAUAUACCUAGCUACCUAGGGACUGAUUCAUCCGGAGCCGGAAAGGAAAUUACGCCGCUUUGGUCGUAUUCGUUAUAA